AAACUUAAAAAGUGAUGGAUAAAUCAGUAAUGGACCCUGUUACCUGUAUGACAUCUGAUACAGCUGUGGAAAUUGAAAAUCAAAGUGAUAGCUCUUCGUCUGGUAGCAGCUUAUUUAAAACACAAUGUGUACCUUUACCUAAACGGACUCAAAGAAACCCUGUGAAGAAAUUCGUACAUAACGUACAUAAACCUGAAAGUGUUCAAACAGAUUCAUCAAGUGACUCAUCUAUAGAACCAAGACCAUUGACUUUGAAAGCUAUUUUUGAAAGAUUUAAGAAAAAGAAGAAACGUAAAAAGAGAAAAUACAAGCCAAAAUUAACACCAAGAGGAAGACCAAAAGGAAGGAGAAACACUAGAAGAUCACAAAUAGAUAAAAAACAAAUCAAAGACAAAGGACCAAAGUUCCCAAUUUUACAAUCUGAAGAUGGAAGGAAACCAUUACCUUGGAGGAAAAUUUUAAGUUUUGAGCAAGCUGUGGCAAGAGGAUUUUUUAACUACAUUGAAAAACUGAAGUAUGAACACCACCUUAAGGAGUCACUGAAACAAAUGAAUGUUAGUGAAGAUUUAGAAAAAGAAGAUUUUGAUAGUCGUAGAUACAAAUACAUGGAUGAUGAUGGCUCCAUUUCACCUAUUGAAGAGUCAGAAGCAGAAGAAAGGACAACACAUCUUGAACAUGAUGAAUGUGAUAUCAAACUGGUAGAGGAGAGUUGUUUCAUAAAAUGUUCUGAAUUUCCGAACAAGAUGAAUGUGUAUUUACGAGAGAAUAACAAAGAAGCUGCUCUGACUAUACAGAAGGUUUCUAAGGCCAGAAAUACUGGACAGAGGGCAGAAAGAUUUGAAAAGGAGACAAACUUGUGAAUGUCAAAGAAGGCUUCUGUUUGACCAUGGGGUUGGAGUUGAAGAUAUGUCUUACUAACACAGUAAGUAAUAUCAGAUUAAAAAUUUCAUAGAUUUUAAUAAAAGAUUGUUAGCUUUCUUUAAUUCCAGUUUGGACACUGAUUGCCAAAAACCAACCUUAUAUUUCAAGUAUGUUACAUUUUGGGAUGGUGCCAGUUAUACUGUUCUUCAAACAUAAUUGACUCAGAAUAAGCUGUGAAUAGACAAAAUGUCAGCAGGCAGUAUUGAAGGUCAUAUGGUUCAGACUAAUUCAUACUUGAAUUUUUUCUCCUUAGUUCAAUUGAAGUAUUUAGCUGGUGGCAUAGGCUCAUAGUCCCUGUACUCAGCAGGCUGAGGCAGGAUUACCAAUUGAAGCUCAGCCUGCCCUACCUUAGUGAAACAAUCUCAAAAAUAUAAAUAACAAAGCUACUUGAUGAUACUUGCAUAUUUUUCAGUCUUUGUUCUGGCUAUUGAGUACUCUGGCCAGUAAACAAACUCUUUAAAAAUCAUUAUGAAGUGGCCUUUUUUGGGCAAUUAAGUAGUUUUCAUGUCCAUUGCUAAUUCUGCAUUAUUUUGCUGAAGCACAUCACAGUUCCUGCUUGUCAUUGGUAUUCUAGGGUGUCGUGAGGUCUAUCCCGAUGGGGCUUAUCCUGUGGCUGCACAUCGUUGGAAACGCCUCAUAGAGUAACACUGGUUUUGCUUUGCUCACAGGUCUAUUUCUUAGGCCUGUUGAUAAGGCACUACAAGACAGCAAAAUAUAUGAAAGACCUAAUAAUCUUUAUUUUAACUUUAGAUAUUUAUUUGCACAUCCUAGAGGCCUGUACUACUAUGAAUAGCUUAGGUAAGCUUUAAUUGUUGACAGCAUAAUACUGUAUUCUGGGAGCAUAGUUCCAGUACAGAUGAUGAAUUUAACUGUUCAACUGCUGGGUGAUAUAAACAUGAACUAAACUUAAUUCUGACAGCUGGAGAUAGCUAUGAAGUCUGCACAGUUAACUUAGAUUUACUGGAACUACUUGUUGUCAUUCUAAAUGUUCUAUUUUGUAAUUUCUCUGUAGGAAAUGAGUGAAUUCAUGCGUGUUUAGAGAAGGUGUCAGAGCAAGGCAGAUCCAUGUACCAUAAAUGCUCCCAAAAUGUAAAUUUCUGGAAGAAACUGGAUAUAAGACCACAGGAGUUUUGAAAUUAUCAUGGUCCAUAUUCAAGACAGAAGAAGUGUGACAAGUAAUUUCUAUUUUUAUCUUACCCAUAAAUCACUGGAAUGUUAUAAUGGUCAUUACCAAGGCUUUUAGAAUGAAGUUUCUCAUUUGCUGUGGACAUGACCAUAAAAAAUUUUCCCACUAGGUUUUUCUGCCUGCUAUUUUGUUAGCAAUCAACCUGUUGGGAACAUUACACUGAGUAGGAGAACACCGUACAAGGCAUGCUUAGAUCUCUGGAUGCUUGCUUUCCCUAGUUAAUCUACAGUGUUAACCUUAAGAUUAGAAGCAGAGAACCUAAGCUGCCUCCUGAACUCAGUCAUGACUAUAUAAUUUGUUUUCUUAUGUAGAGCAGAUGAGAAUGACUGGAUUAAGAAUCAGUUUUUUUCAAAAGGUAUGUACAGAUGAGCAAAGGUUCUGCACAGGUCAUUUCAAAGAGGGCUUGUGGGAAUAUGAAACCAAGAGCUCUUAACGCAGUGACCACAGAAUGAAGUUCUCUACAGUAUGUCAUAGUCACUCAGUAGUGCUAUGUUUUUCUGAGGAGACACAAUAUUGAGCAAGCUGUGAUCCAUGAUGGGAAACAGAUAUGCUUCAAAGUUGUAACCAUCAUCUUUUCUCUUUUCAGGGCUAUCUUGGGGACAAAGAACCUCAUUAAAGUGACCUUAAUGAGUAUUAAAUCACAUGUGAAAUUACUUAAAUAAAAAUGCAUUUAAUUUUU